AAAAAAAAAAAAAAAGGAUAAACAAAACGAGAUGUUUUUUAAUGAAAAUAUAUUAUUUGCAUUUAAAUGUUAUCGCUUAGUAAUAAUAAUAAUUAUAAUAUCACCUACAUCUAGCCUUAAUAAUGUAAUUCCAUGCUUGUGUUAAUUAUCCAUGCAAACCGACGCUGUGUCAUUUCCACGUUUUUGCUAGAAGCGCUUCGCCUAUAAACGUAUUUAAGAACUGAAGUUCUUAAAAUAUGUGCAUCACAGACGCGUGUGUGUGUGUGCACCGUGCAGGCUGUGCUGAACAGAAUUAACACUGAGGAGGAGCGCAGGGAGUUUGCAUGUAUUUAUAGUAGAACCCCAGCACCGUGGACCCGGGCGCCCGUGUGAUCUCCACGAUGCUCGCUCCGGCCACGCUCUUCUCCCUCAUCCUCCAGAGCGAAAUGAUCAAGCGCCCCAGCGGCCACGCCCACAGCCAGGAGCCGCGCCACAGCCACGCUGCGCCCGUUGCCACGGUGUCUGGAGUCCCCAUGGAAACGGUUGCCGCGGAGAGGGAGGAGGAGCUUGCUGCUGACCCGUCUGCAGGGGUUGCCGAGGAAACGGUGGUGGAGGAUGGGGUUACCAUGGACGCAGACAUGGAGGUGGGGGUGGGGGCAGAGGUGGAGCUGCAGGAAGGGGCCGACAGCGUGGCCCCUGAACUGUCUGUGGGGAAGGAGCUCUUCAGCCAAUCCAAGUGGGACCUGUCGAGCCUGUCUGAUGAUUCAAGCGAGGAAGAGGGCAAGGGGAAUGAGUUCCUCAGCCAGUCCAAGUGGGACCUGUCCAGCCUGUCUGCGGAUUCGAGCGAGGACGGGUGCAAGACAAGGGGCCCCAGAGCCAGCGGGGCGGGAGCCGGAGGGGGGAGGGUCUGCCGGGAGUGUGGCCGCUCCUUUCCCUCCUGGGAGGAGCUCUCCCUGCACUUCCGGGAUCACCAGCCGGAGAUGACCUGCAACAUCUGCAGGGUGGUCUUCCGCAGGGUCCCGUCGCUGAGACUGCACCUGUCCAACGCACACCGCGACGCCUCCCUGCGCUGCCACUGCGGACAGGCCUUCCCGGCGGUCUGGGACCUCAACCUGCACCUCGCCUCCCACUGCAGCCACCGGGAGCUCCAGUGUGAGCUCUGCCACAUGCCCUGCCCCUCCUACGCCAAGCUCAACCAGCACCGGCUGAUGCACGCGCCCCGCCCGCCCAGGUACCAGCCCGACAGGACCGCGACUCCCCCCACUGCGGGGGCCUCGCUGGCCGGCUCUCCUCAGGGAGGGUUUCCCAGCAGACCCGUCGAGACGCCAUCGCUGCCUCCGACGACGACGCAGGAGGAGGAGUGGGGGGACCACGCCUACGUUUACAAGAACAGGAAGAGGAACAACUUCGCCGUGGUGGUCCGGAGCGUCAACUCCGUGACUCUGCGGUUCCCGCGGGAUUCCGUGGCGGAGGAAAACCGGGAUAAGAAAAUCCACGUGGUGGUGGUGAGGAACGUGACGGGGAGGAAGACUGAGGGAAUCAAACAGGAAGAAGGGGGCGGGGACGGGGAUGGGAGACCCGCACAGGUUCAGGGUUACCGGGCGAUAGAACACCCUGCUGAAGAGGAGGAGGAGGAGGAGGAGGAUGUGAAACCGGACGUGUCCUCUCUGGUGCCGCCGCUCCCGGCUGCCCUCUCCAGUCCCGCGCUGCGUUCACAGGACGCUCUGAAAGAGGAGGAGAGCUCCUGCCCGCCCGCACUCCCGGACCCCGCGCUCGGGGACUCAGAGACAGAGAGCAUCGCGGAGUCGAACCCGGUCCUCCCCGAGAGCUCCAGCGACUCAGACAGCUUACCCCAGGGUGACUCGGAGUUCAACCCAGGGGAGGUCUCAGACGCGUCCAGCGAGGACUCCUCCUUCUCCAGCGGGAACUCCAGCGGCUCGUCCUACAGGCCCAGGAAGAGGCGUGGCUCCAGCGGCGUCGGGGGCGGGACCGGGCGAAACCAGCCGCGCUCCUUUCAGAAACCGCCGAGACCCAUUCGGCCCAACCCCAGCAGCACGACCGCUCCCCCUGCUGCCGACACGGCUUCACACACAGCGUCCCCGUCCAAGUGCCCGCACUGCGGCAUCGCCUACAGCAGCCCUUCUUUGAUGCUGCGCCACGCCCAGAGCUGCCCCGAGCGGCCGGUCACCGUGGCGUGCGAGCUCUGCUCCCUGACCUUCCCCAGCCAAAACAGUCUGAUCCAGCACAAGGCGCAGGGUCACCACUGUGUGCGCAUGUACGCCUGCCACCUCUGCAGGGAGGUCUUCCCGGACUUCGUCAUCUUCAGCCGGCACGAUUGCCCGUCCCUCAACUCGCCAUCCUCGUCUCGACAGCUACCAACGUCCGCUGCUGUCCAGGGCUCCAGCCCGGGGGCGGUCACGCACGAUGCUCGAGGCUCGCCAGCAGUGGCCCUCAUCAGCCCUCCUCCUCCUCCUCCUCCUCUGCAGUCUGCCAACACCGCACCCCAGCUUGUGCUUCAACCUCCCGCCCCCGACCCUAACGUGGCAACAGACGUAUAUCCGAUCAGCGGGACGCUUCUCAGUACAAAUGUCGCCUCCUCCAGUCCCUCACCGAAUCCUAAUCCUAGCCCCGAUCCCCACCCAGCUCCAAACCCGGAGCCUCUGAAGAUCCUGGGGCUCUACGUCAACCUGAGCAAGGAGUCGACCUCAGAAGCAGGCCCCCUCGCUCCCUCCACCCCCCCCGCCCCCCGACGCUGCCUGCCCCGGGGUGUGCUGUUUGAGUGCCGGCAGUGCGGCGCCAGCUCCCCCCAGCCCUCCCUGCCAGUGCGACACCGCUACCUGCACCGGGGCCCCCGGGCUCACCGCUGCCAGUGCGGCAAGGCGUUCACACGCAGCCUGCAUCUCCUCCGACAUCAGGUGUGCCACGCCGAGAACAGCCGCUACAUCUGCGGGCCCUGCGGGGCCACCUUCACAGGGGCCUCGCGCCUCGCUCGCCACAAGAAGAGGAAGAGGAGGAGGAGGAGGAACAGGAAGGGGACGAGACGGAGGGCGUGUCAGGACCCCUUCAGGUGCGUCUGCGGGCUGCCUUUUAAAAAGCCAGCCGCCUACCUCUGGCAUAAACUGAAGAAUUCGAAAUCCAGGGCUAAGAAGCCUUAAGUGGGCUGCCCUGGCUGGUUUUGUUUGUUUUUGUUGGGAUUCUUGUAUGGAGUAUUGUACAUAUGCAUAGUUUUUUGGGGUUUUUUUUGCAUUUUGUAAUAAAAUCUCAAGUGAAAGGUAAA